UUGCUGAUAAAGCAAUUCAACACGAUCGCCGCCAACCGCCAGUACACGACGUUCUCCGGUAGAGAGGAUAACAUCUCGAUAACUACCAUGCCGGCCGAGUACAACAACGAAAUCAUCAUAGAGUACGAAGACGUCAAUGAAAACACACUGUUCGAUGGAAAAAUUUACACGAGCGAAGAUACAGACAGGAAGUUUGAGGAAAUAUUACAGAUGGCCUGCAAUGAUGGAAUUCUGGUGACGAACAACACAGGCGACCUAGAGAAGGCUACGAGCGAUCAGAACUCAUUGACUUCAAGCAGCUUAGGAGAUUCGAUCAAAAUAUACAACGUACAGACCGGUGAGGUCGUGAAAUGUAAACCAGAAGAUAAGUUAUCACACAGAUACGACACUGAAGCUGAUAUUACACAUGAUAACGAUGCAGCCGCGACUAGCGCUCACACUGACAUGAGUGACGCGAACACUCACACUGUGGAGACUUUAGAGGCUCAUAGGACCAGCGAAAUAGACGACCUGCCUGAACAUUUACCGAGCGUGAAGGAGCUAGCGAAGAAAUUUGUCAGCAUGGAAAGUCUCAGCGAACAGACCAAGCCGGUCCUGCCCCUGAAGCGGCACAAAAGCAAGGAAAAUAUGCUCAGUCCGGACACGAGUCGACCAUCUAAUAAACUGACAUACAUGCACAGCCUCACCGCGAGAAGCAUCUCUAGAGAGUUCCGGGAAGAAUUAAAGCUAUCUAUGGCAACACCGCUUACAGUACCAGGCGGAGCCAAGGACAUUCCUGAAGGAGAGGAAGUCACCAGGGAAUCAAGUAGACCAGGAAGCCCUGUCCCAGAACCCGGAACCAUCAAAACAAAACUAGCAUUCUUCGAAAGUCUCAGAUCAAAAUUCACCAAGUAA